AUGAGUUCGGAGGCACGACUGUACACCUUCUCCGAUGAGACCAAAACCAAGCUACGCAAGUUCCGUCUAGGCACCUCGCGCGCCAAAGAUCCCCAGGCCGUCAUCUACGAGAUCGAUAAGAAGACGCUCGAAGUACGCCAGGCAGACGACGAUGUCUACUCCGACGUCCAGAGCCUCGCCGACGAGCUGCCCGACCAUGCCCCGCGAUUUGUGCUCUUGAGCUACCCGUUGACCCUCGACUCGGGACGAUUAUCGGUGCCAUACGUCAUGCUAUACUACCUGCCCAUAACAUGCAACAGCGAGGUGAAGAUGCUGUACGCCGGUGCAAAGGAGCUGAUGCGCAAUACCAGCGAGGUCAACAGGAUCAUCGAGAUCGACAGUGCUGAAGACCUGGAAGAGAUCGAGAAACUGCUCAAGGAUGUCUAG